GCGAUGCCGAGGUGUGAGGACAGCGCGUGCGCAGAGCCACCCCCUCCGCUUCCCUCCCACCCGAGAGGAUGGGGCGCGCGCAGGCGCGUUGCCGCAGCCGGUCGCGGGGUGCGAGCUCCCGCCGUCGCCCGCUGUCCGCCGCGCCGAGGACACGGCCCCUACUAGAAACCGGAGCAUAAAGAGGAGUUGCCUUGUGUGAAUGAUGCUGAGGGACACUAUGAAGUCCUGGAGCGACAGCCAGUCAGACCUCUACAGCAGCGACCAAGAAGAGGAAGAACAGAUGAUUUUUGGAGAAAAUGAAGAUGAUUUGGAAGAAAUGAUGGAUUUAAGUGACUUGCCUACAUCACUCUUUGCUUGCAGUGUUCAUGAAGCUGUGUUUGAGAUACAGGAAGAAAAGGAAAGGUUUGAAGCACUUUUCACAGUCUACGAUGAUCAAGUUACAUUCCAGUUGUUUAAAAGCUUUAGAAGAGUAAGGAUAAACUUCAGCAAUCCAGAGGCAGCAGCAAGAGCGCGGAUAGAACUGCAUGAAACCGACUUCAGUGGAAAAAAGCUGAAACUGUACUUUGCACAGGCAUCUGGUGAAAUAGGCGACAAGUCCUACCUCCUCCCUCCACAACCUGUUAAACAGUUCUUGAUUUCACCCCCUGCGUCUCCACCAGUUGGGUGGAAACAGAGUGAAGAUGCAACUCCCCUGAUAAACUAUGACUUGCUUUGCGCUGUCUCCAAACUGGGACCAGGGGAGAAGUACGAGCUUCACGCAGGAACGGAAUCAACUCCGAGUGUUGUUGUCCAUGUCUGUGAAAGUGAAACAGAAGAGGAAGAUGAAAUAAAAAAUCCCAAACAGAAAAUCAUGCAGACAAGGCGCCCAGAACCGCCUGCAAUGAUACUGAGCGAAUCCAAAGCAUUCGAUUGUACCCUGGAGAGAAGAACGCAGGACUGCAGACCACUGAGCAGACAGGCUCCAGGUCUGUCUCCCACACCGUUGCUGCUGCUAUCUGUGAUGGGAACAUCGGCAGGGACAGCGGUUUGCACUGACACCAAAUGAGGAGAGACUGCUCUGCAAUAAUGAGGAUACUGGCCCUGGCGGGAGUUGGAGUUUCUCCAGAUCUCCUCCUGCUUUAGGGAGAUCCUUCUCAAGCCCAAGAAAACAGCUGCUCCUUUUCAUGUGUUUACAUUUGUUCUACUGUCACGGUGAAGUUUGUGGUGACCAAUAUCACCCAUAUCCUUGUUAUGGUUCUUCCUGGUGCCCUGGACCAUUCAUCCCUUCUGUGUCUGAGUCCCCAUGGCCCUUAUACACAAUUGCUCUACUGUCAUGAUGCCUCUGACGUCAGAGGUGUUCAACAGCUCAGCCAAGCAAAGGUUUUGCUCUCUAUUUCCUCCAGAACAGUGAGGUUGAGCAGAUUUUGUGCUGCAAAAUGCUACACCACUUCCAUAAGCACAGAAACUGAGCUAUGCUUGGUCUCUGAGACUUCUCUUUUUCUGUCCAAACUAUAAAACCUUCUUUCCAUCUGUGAAAAUACCAAUAACAGAUGAAAUAGAGUGAAGAAAAUGAGAAAUUCGAAGCCCAAAGGUGGUAAACAAUCCCAAAUUCUCCUACAAAUGCUAUUGUCUAGAGCUUUGACUGAGCUAAUAUGAAAUAUUGUGUGCAAUGAAAGCAACACUUUUGAAACAGCUGAACCUUCACAAUGUGCUGCGAUGACCCAGAGUUGGGGAUCACACCAGCAGCACUCAAUGCUGCUGGCAUGCUUAUACAAGCGUGAGCUGGUCUUCCAGGAUUCGUUGAUAUCCAGGCUCUGGAAACUUGUUAGGAAGAAAUUCCUGCAUGCACAACGUCUUCCAGCUUCUAGUUUCACUAGGCUGCUGAAGGUGGUCUCGCUUUCUUCUCAGUGAUGGCAAUAAAGGCCACAAAGACUCUUCGAGCAAUGCAGAGAUGGCCAACAGGUUGCCCUGGAGACAGGUGACUGCAGACAAGGGGGUAAGUAUGUGUGGGUAUCUUCAACAUCUCGGUCCCUUUCCAAAACUCACCUUGAAUCCCAGUUUUAACGAGGAGGCCAACAGCUCCCUGGGGAGCAACACUGGGUAUGAGCCUGUACUUUUGGGCAAACCCAGCCCCUAAGGCCUGGCAGCUCUGCCAGGGCAUGCCAUGCUGUGCAUGUUCAUUUAUUUUCUGAAAGGUUUAUUGCAGCGAUAUGCAAGAGCACCUGCACUGAGCAUGCAAGCCUAGCAUGCAUGCGCUGCCAAGCAGUGCACACUCGAUUGCAUAGGAUUGUUUGGAAUCUGGUUUUGCCUUCCACCAGAUCCAGGCAUAGGAGACUUGCUCUGGUUUCAUCCUGGAGAAAGGAACGGGAUCUGGAAAACUGCUUACCAUGCACUCGCUUCUCUGGUUUUCAUAGCAAAGGAAAGAAAAUUGGUGGAAAUACAGAACUGUUUCCUCUCUCCACAUUAACAAGACCUGCAUUGGCCAGCAUCUCUUUUCUUGUGCUAUUUACAUUGAGUUAGGACUAUUAGUAGUAUUAUUAUUAACUUACAUGUUAAUUAACAUGUUACGGGUCAUACCUCUUCCAAGUUAUGGUUCACAGUGUUGAAAGAAGCCCCUUCCAGUCACAGAGAGAAACAGCCCAGGGAAAGUAUGCAGCUGGAAUACCUCUCCUAUUCCCAGAACAAAGCCUCAUGUUCUUUCUUGUUUCUGCAGGAUGAGGCAGUGAUUGUAAAGAAACCAGUCAAACUAAAUAUUCCUUUGAAAAGAUGAAUUGUGAGUAAUCCUUACUGAGCUGCCAGUCUGUGAUUUGAAUCUGACUCUCAGCUCAAAGCAACCCCAGACCUUACACAGCCAGUGCUGCAGAGACCCAAAAGUCUGCCUGGCUCUGGCUCCUCAUUUUCUGGGAGUAUGCAUGUACCCAUGUACGGAGCAUCCCUGUCAUACGAUGAUUUCGAUUUCAGUCUGUUAUUCCACACACUGGAAAAAUAUGUGGUGAAUCGAGUGGAAAUAAAGAUAUCUCCUGCUCUCAGAAUGUCUUCUUUUGUUCUGAAAAGAGUGUGUGCUGCCAGGUGCCACCUUUAGAUGCUCACGCUGCUCAUCGGGGCAGGAAACACAGCCCCAAGCCCAGGCAAGAGCAGGAGAUUUUGUACAUUUGCGGUGAGACGCAAUGUCAGGUAUCGUGUUUCUUUGCACAACCGAGUUGCUGUGCAGAAGUGAGGGAAUCUAGAAAUGCUUCUAGAGCUCAGUCUUGAUGGGAAGAGAGUGUCCUGGCUGUAGUUGGGUCUGAGCUGUCUACUGUAUCAUGCUCCUUACUGUCGUGGUUGCUUUGGAGUGCUCCAUCAUAACUUCUCUGCUCCCACGGGAUCUGGCGAGGGCACUCAUCCACCACUACCUCCUGGGCAACCUACAGUGAGCUGUUUCUCACCCAGAAGCAGCUGAGAGGGGCAUGGUAAGGAAGCAGCUCAAUUUUAAUCCUGACUGCAUUAUGGGCUGUGUGCGCAG